CAUUCGUGCUGAUAAGGUAGCACAUUUAAACCCUACUUAAAUUCAAAUAUUUUAUUUUACAUUUGUACAAUGUUAUCGUUAAUUAAUGGAAUUUAUAGUAAAAUUAGGUCCGAUGCAGCUGGAAACAAUUCCGUGAAAUUUGUAUUACCAGGCCAACGUGCAGUUAGCAACAAAGUAUGGCAGAGUCUUGGCUUCUUUGUAGUCAUGCCAGCUGUCGGCUUUGGCCUAGUUAAAGCUUUUAUGCAGAUAAAGGAGCAGAAAGAGUCCCAGGCGAAACCAGUAGUAAUGGAUUAUUAUAGACGUCAUCGGGAGAAGGGUACAGUGCCGGCAAAGUCGCAUAGAAAAAAUGAAAUUAAAACAAUUGAGGAUAAUGCAGAAAUUGGUGCAUUCUUUUAUUGGUAGAAAAUAUGCAUAGUAAACAUUUUAAUUUAUGUAUAUUAAUUCUAUGUAAAUUAAAAUAAAUUGGAUUUAUUUA